AUGAAUCCAUGUAAACCGAACAUUUCAUUCGAUGAAACUGUCUUACAAAAACUUUGGAUACCAAAUACAUGCUUCAUUAAUUCGAAAAAUGCUGCCAUACAUGAAUCACCAUUUAGGAAUGUUUUCCUAAUGGUUUUUGAAAAUGGUACAUUAUGGACCAAUUAUCGGAUGAAAUUAACUGGUCCAUGUGAUAUGAAUUUGAAACGAUUUCCAUUCGAUCAACAAAAAUGCUUUCUUACUUUCGAAUCAUUUAAUUAUAACAUUGGUGAGGUACGUAUGUCCUGGAAUCAGCCUUAUCCGGUGAUGCUGCUCAAAAAAAUUGAACUACCCGAUUUUAAAUUAACAAAUUUUAGUGUAAUUGCAGUGGAACAGAUAUAUCCAGCAGGUCAUUGGGAUGAAUUAACUGUUUCAUUUGUCUUCAAAAGACGAUAUGGUUGGUAUAUCCUUCAAGGGUAUAUUCCCACUUAUGUCACCAUUUUCAUUUCAUGGAUUUCGUUUUAUCUUGGAUCGAGAGCUAUUCCAGCACGAACAAUGUUGGGAGUUAAUUCAUUAUUAGCAAUGACAUUCCAAUUUGGUAAUAUUAUCCGAAAUUUGCCUCGGGUUUCAUAUGUUAAAGCAAUUGAUGUUUGGAUGUUAAGUGGUAUGAUGUUUAUUUUUUUAUCAUUACUGGAAUUAGCAGUAAUUGGUUUUAUGUCACGAAAUGAAGCUGCACCAAAACAAUUAAAAAAACGAAGUGUUAUUUCCAAUAAUUUAACAUGGAAUGAAAUGCCUAGUCCUAGAAUAGGUUUACGUCAG